CGGCUGCGUGGGAUCCGGCGGCGGCGCGGCGCUGGGCGGCGCGCCCCCUCCCCCGCCGCUUCCGCCCGGCCGCGGCCCCGAGCUGACAACAGGCGGCCGCGGCGCGGCUCCCGGCGCGCGCCCGUCGCCGAGCCAUGGGCGACAAGAAGAGCCCCACCAGGCCGAAGCGGCAGCCGAAGCCGUCGUCGGACGAGGGCUACUGGGACUGCAGCGUGUGCACCUUCCGGAACGGCGCCGAGGCCUUCAAGUGCAUGAUGUGCGACGUGCGCAAGGGCACCUCCACCCGUUCAACCAUUGUGGAAAUCACUGUGAAUGCCUCGAGGACCAAGGAAGCCCCGACAUUGCCAGUUGCGGGCAGGAAACCACGACCUGUCUCGCAGUUGGUCGCACAGCAGGUCACUCAGCAGUUUGUGCCCCCUACACAGUCAAAGAAAGAGAAAAAAGAUAAAGUAGAAAAAGAGAAAAGUGAAAAGGAAACACCUAGCAAAAAGAACAGUCAUAAGAAAACCAGGCCAAGAUUGAAAAAUGUGGAUCGGAGCAGCGCUCAGCACUUGGAAGUCACCGUUGGGGAUCUGACAGUCAUUAUCACAGACUUUAAGGAGAAAACGAAGUCGCCGCCGGCGUCCAGCGCCGCCUCCGCCGAUCAGCACAGUCAGAGCGGCUCCGGCUCGGAUAACACAGAGAGGGGCGUGUCCAGGUCAUCCUCGCCCCGCGGAGAAGCCUCGUCACUGAAUGGAGAGUCUCAUUAAAGUUUAUUUUCUCCGAUUUUUUAGUCACUUCUGUCAUACCAUGCAAGUGCACAGAUAAUGCCAAGAAGUACCACAUUUUCAUGACAAACAUAUUCAUGCACAAUCCAUAAUUUGCUUUUUACAUAAAAUACGAAUUUGUUACACUUACUGCAAUCUAUGCCUACCAAACAUUUCCAGACUUAACAUUUUGGUCUCCACAGUCACAGGUACCAUGAAAAUGUGGUUGAAUUAUUCAUUAUGCAGUGUUACUGGUAAGUCUAUUUUCACUUUUAGUUUAGUGAAUUCUAACGCAUAAUUCUUGAAUUCUCUACUAUUGGCAUGUAAUGAAUUUAAAUUUUUAUAACAUAGUGCAAGCUGCCUCAAUGUAUUAUUUGAGAAUUGUGAAACAAAUAGUUAUAUGUAUACAAGUCAAAAAUCAACUAUUGCUGCAACAGAAUUUUCUUAGUGGUUCUCCUCUUAAAUACACCUGCUGGUACUUGGUGUGGUUAAAUAGGAAAAUUGCUAUUAAAUAAAGAACUUGUAUGAACCAUUGCCAAUGUUUUCGACAUAUUUUACUAAAUUAUUGUUCCUGAAUUGUUUCUGGUUUUAUUUGUUUUUUUGUUUUUUUUGCUUUAUCUUUCAAAACAUUCAUUUAUUGUAAUGUUUACUAGCAGACUAGUAAACAAUAAAACAUUGAUUAUUUAGCUUUAUAAUUCAGGUUUAGUGCUGUUGUCAUUGAACACUGGUAUUUUCUGUAUUAUAUAAAACAUUUAAAAUUCAAAUAAUUAUAAGCAUUUGGCAAAAAAAAAAAAAAAGAGAAAAGAAACCUGCCAUAAUUUAAAAGCUGCAAUUUUGGAGAAGCUUUAACUUAAUAGUUUUAUCACUGUUUCCUGGCCCCAAACUUUAGCCAGGGUCAUAGAAUUAUGAAUCUAAUUAAUAUAGAAAUGAGAACUGUUGCACAGAACUGGAAAAUAACUUAUCUUAAAAUGAGUUUAAUUGGCCUCUUACUAAAUAUAACAAUUCUUAAAAAAAAUCAUAGUGCCCUAUUUUCAGAGACAACCGCCAGUUUAUGCAUUUUAUCAAUAUCCUGAAAUUUAAAAAGUAUUUACAGCCCCUCACUAUUAUAUAAAAUUACCAAUAAAAUAUUUUUAUGACUACAGAUAUUGCAUUUUUGUUUACAACUAAUAAAGUGUUUUAUGUUGUAUUUAAAAAUCCAACCUAGAAACCACAUAGUACUGCUUAAAUUCUUUGAGGGUCUCCUGCUUUCUCUUAUCCAUUUGCUUAAUGUAUAUCCAUCUGUGGGGACUUCUGGAAUAUAAAAAACUUAAAGAUAUAACUUGAAUACAGAAUAUCACAUAAAGACAUAAUGAUAGCAUUUGCAGAAAAGAAAAACUGUAGACCCUGACAGUUGUGAUAUUUGGUGGUUUCGCGUUGUAAUGUAAUUUUCUGUUUAAUUGCAGAACUUUUUACAGGCACAAUGGUACUGUCUUUUUUUGUAAAAUGCUAGUUGUGAAAUACAGUUAAUUGCGUACAGUAAAAGUCUGUGAUUAAAACAGUUAUAUACCUCA